AUGGCCCGCCUGAUUCACUCUGCUUUCGACCUGCGUUCCUCGAACCCACCACGACCCACCUCGUCUCCCAGUCCUGUCUCUGCACCCCUACUAUGUACGAACGUGCAUCCAAGCGCUUUCUCGUCUCAGAGGCUCUGCCCCGCGCCUGUGAACUCGCCAGCCCAAGUCCACAGUGCAGCAUCAAGACACCCCGUCGCCGCCCCGGGCACCCCGCCUCGUACCCCGGGCUUGCGUGCGUUUGCAGCUCCCUCCGCACCCUGGUUGACGAUCGUCGUCCCCGGCAACUGUCCACCCGUCGUCGCGGAGACAGCCCCGCACCCGUCACUCCGCGCUCCGUCUUCCCCUCACCAGGCGUCCGCGCCCUCCCCCGCCCUCCACCUCGCCGGACAUACACCGUGCGCUCUCAUUCCCAGUCCGCAUGUACACAAGUUUGCGCUGCGGUGGCGGCGGAAACACAACGCGGCGCGCGGUUCUCAAAGUUGUUGA